CUGGACAAAGAUCUGGAAGUCGCUGAGAAUUUAGCUACUCUGUUUCAGAGCAAUGAUGGAGUUCGUGAAGUCGACGCUGUGUGUUUUGUUACUAAAGCGUCUAAUAAUCGUCUCUCAGACAGACAGCAUUACAUUAUCAGUUCAAUUCUGUCUUUGUUUGGAAAAGACAUUGUGAACAACAUUGUGUUUUUAAUCACACACUCUGAUGGUCUGCCACCCAAAAACGUCAUCAGCGCCAUUAAAAAAGCUAAAAUCCCCUGCAGACGAGACAAAAAAGAAUACAAAAAUGGCCAACCUGUUUAUUUCUCAUUUAACAACCGGCAAGCUGAAGAACGUCAUAUUGAGAGACGUUACAUUCGUGCUCAAAGAGACGCCUGGGAAGACAGUGUGGAGGAUGUGAAGCAAUUCCUUCAUUCUCUGGAUGAAAAGAACAGAAGAAGUUUAGAGUUGACUUCAAGUGUCCUGAUACAGCGCAUUCGAUUUGAAGCAACUAUCUGCAACUUACAGCUGCGAGUUCAAGAGAAAGAGCUGAAAAUAGCUGAAAAACAUCAGAUUCAAAAUACAAUAAGACAAAACAAGGAAAAGAUUGACAGGCAUACAGACUUUAGCAUUCCUUUUAAAAAGCCUGUCAAAAUGAAGGUUCCCAUUGAGAGCAAGUCAUGGAAGCACAGGAAGGCGAUGACCUGCACCAUCUGUGAGGAAAACUGUCAUGAGUUUGACUGCUGGUGGGGUUCUGAUCCCAGCAAAUGUGAAGUCAUGAAAGACGGCUACUGCACCGUGUGCACAGGGAAGUGUCACCACAGCAAA